GGCAGCGGCCGCUAUUUUGAAGAAGAAGCAAACUCGGAAAGAUUAAAAUAAUUAAGAAACAUUGUUGUGGGCUGCUUGAGUGUGUUGUGGCUCCUGCAUCGGAGUUGCAGUCGUUGCGUAAUUACGCGCACCACCUGUGUGUAAUAUUCGCAUUGCAAGCGCAGCCAUGGCGUUGGCAUUACGUGUCGCCUGCUCUACAUGGAGGAUCAAAUGGCCCCAGGAGCAUCGUUGCCUGCAACAGCUGAAACACAGCAGCGUUGUUAUCGCACAGCAGUCGCAUUACACCACAAACGCGUCGCAGCAGCAACAGCAAUCAAAGCCGCAACCAACAGAGGCAAUUGCGGCAGCGACACCGCCGCAAAUCAAGCGUAAUGUCGCCUCCGAGAUUACUAGCGUGGGAAAGGCCAUUUAUGAGGCACGCUGGGACGCCAAGCAGACAGCAAAACAACAACAAAGCGCCGGCAGUAUGUCCACGUCAACUGAACAGCAGACUGGCGGGGAUCAUGACAAAGACAAAAAGAAAGAUAACAUGGAGGUCCUGAGGUCGAAGCGCGAGCAGAUGCGUGACAACAUGCAGGAUUACAUAUUCACGCGCUACUUUAACUACGUGAAGAACUAUGACAAAGUGCUAGAGAAGAAUUUCCCAAAAGCCAUGCAACUCUAUCGCGUCUUCUUCGACGGCGUCAAGGAUUUUUUCGCCGACAUGAAGCGCUUCCUCAAGAUUGCUCGCAUUGCCAAUGAUGCGCCGCAGGGCAUUCGUGCUUUGAAUCGCCAAGAGCUGGAGCUCUACAUGCAAAUGCCGCGAGACAUGAUGAAAGUGGCGCCCGCUUUAAUUGGCUGCUCACUGCCCAUGGUAGGCUAUGCCUUCUUUCCACUGGUGUUUUGGUAUCCACGCACAUUUUUAACGUCGCAUUUCUGGACAGAGCAGCAGCGCAACGACUUCCAGAGCUACUACAUGAAGCGCCGGCUGCAGUGCAACAAGUCUGUGUUCCGCUGCCUACAGGCCAAACUCAAGUCACUGAAGAUGCACCACAAGCAUGCCGAGUUCGAGAGCAUCUUGGGCCAGCUGGGCAGCGGUACGCAUCCCACAGCAGACGCUCUAAUCGCCGUUAAAGACAUCUUUGCCGAGGGGCCCUACUCACUGCUGGGCAUGUCACGUAAACACAUCAAAUGUCUAGUCAAGAUGCAUGGACUGCCAAACAGUUUGUUCAAACGCCAUCGCCUGCAUGAGCACGCAUUCCUGGUGCACUACAUGGAUCUGGCCAUCAAUCGGGAAGGCGGCGUUCACAAUUUGCGCACAGAUGCGAUGCGUUAUUGUUGUUAUCUGCGCGGCCUGAAUCCGGAUAAUUUAAGCCGCGAGGAAAUGAUCGAAUGGCUGCGAAACUGGGUCAAGGUGUCGACGUCAAUACAGGGCGAGCAUAUCACGCUGUUCCUUCAUCUGCCCAUUCUACUGGGCUACAAUCAUCCACGCAACUGGAAGACCAUCUACUGCAAGUCAACAACUGAAGGUGCUGCCUCUUAGGGGAAAAUUGGUGCUACGUUUUUACGUUUCCAAAUUUGUAAUUUGAAAAUGUAUUUCGUUUGUUUUUAAAAAGCAAAUAAAAAUGUUAAACAAAUCUAACAAAAUAUAUAAACAAAAGGCG